AUGUUUAAGAAGGGCAGAAUGGGAUUAAGCCCGUCCCUGAAGAGCAAACCGGAGCUGUGCCCAGCAGGUCUCACCCUGGUCCCAGAAGCUGAGGCAGCCACAUCAUUUACAACCCAACCCAGUCUGUGGGCAGACUCCAAGUCACUGCUGGAACCCUGGGCCAAUGUGACGCUGACGUGCUGGGCCCGUGUGGAGACGCCAGACUUCCAGCUACUGAAGGAUGGGGUGGUUAAGAACCAUGUGCACCUUGGCCUACCUGCCUUGGAGUACCAGUUCCCACUGGGAGCCGUGACAAGUGACAACCGAGGUCUCUACCGCUGUCGCUCAGGCUUGUUCCCUGGUACAUGGACUGAAUUGAGCAACCUCCUGGAGGUGACAGGGGCAGAGCCCCUGCCCCCACCUCAGCUCUUGGUAGAGCCAGUGUCUUGGAUCACACCUGGCCUGAAUGCGACAUUGACAUGCAGCACAGGGCUGCGGGGUGUCACCUUCCUGCUGACACGGCACGGUGAUGAUGAAUUUCCGGCAGUGGCUGUGGUUGGGAAGAAUGGGGUAGCCAUCUUCUCUGUCCAUUUGGCUGGUAACUACAGCUGCAGCUACCAGACCCACACAGCAGGUAGGCCCUCGGAGCCUAGUGCCACCGUGACCAUUGAGGAACUGGCUGUGCCACCUCCACCUGUGCUGACUUUUAGAGGAUGGUACCCUGAGAUCCUGAAGCCCAAUGAGAGAGUGACCCUUGUCUGCAUGGCACCCCUGAGUGGCGUAGAGUUUCGGCUGUGGCAGCGAGUUGGGAACCUGAAUAAGGAGGUGCUGGUUCCCAUGAGCAGCACCAGCCCCGAUCGUGUCUUUUUUGAACUGAACCAGGGGAACCUGUGGGAUGGAGGUCCCUUCACUUGCCGCUACCGGCUGCAUGGCAAGGAGACCACCUGGUCCACAGAGAGUGAGCCAGUGGAGGUGGUGCAGAGCAACGAGAAACUGCCUGCCCCGGUGCUCACGGCGGAGCCCGCGGACCUGCGCCCCGCGCCGGGCUCGCUGGUUCGUCUGCGGUGCGCCGCCCCGCCGGGCGUGGUCCCCCGGCUCUUCGCGCUGCAGCGCCAGGGGCCGGGCGGGCGCCGCCUGCUCCGCGUGUUGCGGCCCGGGCAGCCGGAGGCGGACUUCGAGCUGCGGGACAUCACGGCCGCGGACUCGGCCAACUACAGUUGCGUCUACCUGGACGAGCUGCCCUUCUCGGGCUCGGUGCCCAGCGCGCCCGUGGAGCUGCACGUGGCCGGGCCCCUGCCCCCGCCGCAGCUCCGCGCCCUGUGGACCGGGCCGCUGCGCCCGGGCAGUGACGCCAGCCUGCGCUGCCAGGGUCAGGUGCCGGACGUCACCUUCGAGCUGCUGCAGGAGGGCAGGGAGGAGCCCCUGGACGUGCAGCGCUCGCAGGACGCCUGGGCCCACCUGGCGCUGACCUCCGUGGGCCCGCAGCACGCUGGCAACUACAGCUGUCGCUACCGCCUGCAGUGGUCAGACGCCGCCUUGUCCACUCGCAGCCACCCCGUGGAGCUCCUGGUGGCAGGUGUGGGGACCAAGGCAGCCAGAAGCAAGUAA